CGCGGCCGAAGGCGGAAUUUUUACCUCCCCCCCUCCCCUCCCGGCCGCGCUCACGUGACGCGGCAAGAUGGCGGCAGCCGCUGACGGCGCCGACCUGGAGGCCUCGCUGCUGAGCUUCGAGAAGCUGGACCGGGCCUCCCCGGACCUGUGGCCCGAGCAGCUGCCGGGAGUCGCCGAGUUCGCCGCCUCCUUCAAAAGCCCUAUUACGAGUUCUCCUCCCAAAUGGAUGGCUGAGCUGGAGAAUGACGAUAUAGAUAUGUUAAAGGAGCUGGGGAGCCUCACUACAGCUAACCUGAUGGAGAAGGUUCGUGGCCUGCAGAACUUGGCUUACCAGCUGGGGUUGGAUGAAUGUCUCUCUUGGGAGAGGAACACGCUUUGCUACCAGUGUCAGAGAAGUGUUCGCUUUGAUUUGCAUUAACUUGCCAGGAGAUUAGGUUGCAAUGGUGAGGAUGGAAAUUGAGUCUGGACCUUGGCUGCUAUUGUUUUUUUUAAAUAAGUGGGUGUGUGGUUGCCCUCUAUGUGCAGAAAAAAAACAGCAGGUCCAGACUGUUCCUAAAUACAAAAUCAGGGAGAUGCAGUCUACUGAUGAUAUAAAAUAUGAUAUUAACCAUAUGCAUAAAUUGUGCAUUCUUACCAUAAAACAAAUGCUGUAUCUAGGUAACUGUCAUAUUAUUUAAAAAAUGGAAAAAAACAUUGCAUGGAUCUUUAGGAUGUUUUCUGUCUGCUUGUGAAGUAGAACAAAUAUUUCUCUAAGCUUCAAGAAAUUUCUGCAUCUUAGCUUUCUUCCCCCUGCCUUAUGCCGAGGGGAAAGAGCUAUUGUGGACUUUGAUGGAGGGUACUAAUAUAGCACCCUAAUCUCCAGGCAUUGAUGAAGAUGCCAGCUUGCUGCAGAAGGAGGUAUAUACUGGGGGAGCUUGAAGAGGAGAAAAUUCUGAAAACUCUCUUAAAUAUGUCAAAGUUAAAACUUCUGCAGUUUCUCUCUGCAGUUAUUUUCUGUUUGAUGUCUGUUGCUGAUACUUUUAUCAGUAUGUAUUUACAUGCUAUAUGUAGAAUCUUCUGUUGUUAAUAAUGUAGUUUGGGUUGGAUUAUUUGUGAUUUACUAACUUUCGUUAACAUUAAAUAUGCAGUUGUUUUCUCUCAGAAGUAUUUUUAAAAAUUGGAAGUGACUGUGAAAACCGAACUUUCAUUAUGUCAGGUAUGCAUUGAGAGCCCCAAAUGCAGCUCACUGAUAUUUUACCAAGUCUUGGAUGUAUUUUUCAGAAGGGAGAUCAUAAUAAAUAGUAUCUGUGAUUAUCUGUGUAAAUAGUUUUUGACUAUUUACCGUCGCACAGAUGUAGGAGCAUUAGGAAUGUUAAGAUAACAUCUGCCCUUGUGUGGUGGUUAAUCCUGAAGCCUAAUGUUGGAAGUACAAAAUGGAGCUUUUUGAGUGUUUGACAAUAUCCACCUAGGUCUAGUAAGUGGGUUGCCAAAGUUAGGUGUAAGGACCGUGUGCUAAGUGGCCAAAUACCUGGCAAAUAACUGUGCUGUUAAAACUCCUCUUUAUCUUGAAGGACAGCGCUCGGUGCAACAGCAGUUCUCCAUAAAAGCUGAGUUACUCUGUGAUGCUUUUUACCUGAUCUUUAUUGAAAUGUCUGUGAUAUGUGUCUUUCCUUUUCCUUUCCUCUCAUCCUUUUCCUCUCCUUGUUUAUGUUCCCAGUCAUAGUUUGUGUAGGUGUGUGAUUUUGGUAAAACAAAGGUACUUCAUCCACUGCUUCGUACUACUUGCCUUAAUUUUAAUUAGUUAUUGGAUGGAUCCUUAAUUUUACAUUGAUGGAGUGAAGGUUGAUACAGGUACUUUCCAUAAUUAGGAGAAGGGAGGGAGCCUUUGCAGUGUUAGUGGGGAGGAAGAGAUCCGAUUAAUCUGGAGACCAGCGGAACAAACAUAUUUCUUUAAAAACUUUGUACGCGUUCACCGGAUCUGUCACCAUUAGUUUUCUGAAUGAUUUUUAGUAUGCUUAUCAAAACAGUAAUUUGUGCUUUGUGAGGACAUCUGGAGUAUUAGUGUUGGUCAGCCAAGCAGUUGGGGAUGUUGUUCAACUACCAGGGUGACUGUGCAGCCUCCAUUUUUGGGGAUUUUCCAGGCCUCACUGAAUAAAGCCUUGAGUGAUGCAGUCUGACCCCAUCAUUGGCUCUGCUUUGAGUAGGAGACGUCCUGAGCCCUUGUAACCCAAAUCAUCCGGUGAUCUGAUGAUUCUCUGAUGUAAGAUCUUUUCUAGGAGUAAGUUAAUUCGAAGCCUGUAUUCCCCAAUCUCACCUGAACACAGCACCAGGCGGUUGGUUCAGCUCAGCAGCUUUGAGCAGGAGAUCUCAGGUGGGACUCUUCUGGUGUGCCUCCACGUGAGCUGCCUGGUUAGGAGCAAGAAACCUAAGGAUUUUUAUAUGAAAGUGAUGGCUUUCACACUUUUGGGGGAUGAGAAAUGAUCUUUCAAAUACUUCCAUCCACAGAGUGGAUUAUGUCUGGGCAACUGAGGCUGGGGAACCUAUUUUUCUUUAUGUGGAGGUACAGUGCAUUCAGUAUCACUCUUUAAGCAGAGGAAGAGAAUAAUCCUCAAUGUAUCCAAAGGUUCUUGUGUGUCUCAGCUCAAAUGAACAGUGAAACCAACAUCACUUGUGUAGACAAGCAGGGGGGUCAAUGGGGCUUGACUGAAGAGCUUUUAGCCACAAAAGUAAGGGAAUGGGCUGUCACAUUAAAGCAUUUCUACCUGCCACAUGCUUGGCACAGAAAGAAACAUGACUACAAACAAAAUGUUCUUACAUUAUACUGUCAGAAGCCUAUUUUUUGCUACUCUCAUUCUGACAGGAUAACUUGUAGACUACUGUCAGUGGAGGAAUUGAAGAUGGGGGAAAGUUUGAUCAAGCAUAAGGUUAUGUGCAUUUUUCCAUUAUGGUUUAAGAAACACAAAAAUGCCAUACAAAUCUUGGGAGAUGCUCUGGCAGGGACUUUAAAACCUUUGCAACUGCUCUGUAUCUAUUAUUUAAAUGUCUUUGCCUUUUCUCCCUUUAUCCAAUUUUUUUUUCUGCUGCUUCCAUGUUAUUAGAACAUUUCCUCUGUAUUUACAGAUAAUGGAAUUAUUAUCCCUGUAUUGCUUCUGAAAUGUUUUCCUGUAGCUUUUGACUUCUGGCAGGAGUGAAGGUUACUUCCGCACUGUGGAAUUUUCUUCCACACUAUGGAUAGUUGGACCUAUUUGCAGGGUUGCAGCUGAUCCUAGUGAAAAUCUCACCAGGAUGUGGCUUUGGAGACCUUGGUUUGGUUUCUGGCAUGACCGCUGUUCUGCUUGGCCUUUUUGUUUGCCUUCUCACAUGCCCCUAUUUCUGCAACUAGACAGUGGAGUUCAUGGUAACUUUCUUUUGCAACACAGUGGAAAAAGAUUAAAAAACAACAAACAGCAUAUGAAGCCUGAGUCAUUACAUAUCUAUUCUGUAUGCUGUUCUCUAUCAUCCCCUGCUUGCUCCUAUUAUAUGCCACGGGAAGGCAUGGUUAGCAUAUUGUGUCUUUACUAGAAGUAAAAUGAGAUUGUGGUAAUGAAACAGAUCCUACUAUCAAGUGUGCUUUGGCCUGGAGCCUAAGUAGGGUACCUAAGAAAAACAACCCUAUUUCCAGCUGUUUGCAGAUGUCAUAUAUGAAAAUAUUUCUAUUUGCAAGCUGCAUAAAGGUUAAAAAUUGUUAGCAUAACAGUUAGUCCAUACUAAUACCAGGGAUUAUUUACCUGUUUGUGGCACAUUGACCUUCUCGGAGACAGUGGAGUUGCUCGGUAUGUAAGGAUCAGUCCUGCUGUUUAGUUCUGCCAGCAUUUGUGCUAUGAGAAAGGAAAUACGGUGUACUUGUGGAAUAGGCUGGGAUGUUGCUGGGGUAUUGCUCUAUUCCCUUCCAGUUUCCUCUGGUUUGGAUCAGGUGGUAAUAUGUACGAGGCUACGUGAAAAUCCUCCCAGCACUUUAUUGUUUUAUUGAGUGGUUUCAGUUAUUUCUGAGCUUGAAGUCUUCUACAGGAUCUAUCAUGGACUUGCCUCUUGCAUCACCAGCAAAUGCUGUGAACAUCCCCUGCGUGUAAUGUUGCUAGACCAUGUCUGAUAGUAUCUGUCUCUUAUUGCCUCAUUAGCUUGUGAGCAUUAGAACAAGAUAAAAAUGCCCUCAAGCCUCUUAUCUGAUGAUUGUCGUAACCUUCUGAGUGCCAUUAGUUUAAGUUUGCAAUCAAACGCUUCCCUCGAGUAUAAGGAGCGCUGAUUAAACCUGAAGUGUCCCCGGGGGCUUUUACAGCUGUCGUGGGGGUGGUGGCUGCCCCUCUCCAAAAGGGGAAGGGGGGCUGCAGGUCCCGGUGGGGCGGCCACUCCGCAGACCUCCACGUGGCUGCCCCAGCUGUUCCGCUUUGCCUAAUGAAUUGUUUUACAAGGAGAGGCUGGAUAUUGUCAUCACAAGCUGCCUUCCCCGGGGACCGAAGCCAGCCUGAUAAUGACUAAUGUUAGUGAUAGUAAUUGAAGUGUGAUGGCUCUCCAGGGACUCUCGCACACGCGUAGAGCUGUCAGGCACUUGUGGCUGGUGCAGUCCCGUGAAUACCCCCGAAAUGCCUUUUAAUUGCUUGACUUUCAUAACUAGUUCCCAUAUAUCUCCUGCCGAAAUACACAUUUUAUGGGGGGAGGGAAAAGAAACGGAGGCCUCUGCUCUGACUCUCCCUGUACACGUCGAGUUUAUUGCCCUGAUGCGUUGCGGAUGAGGAUGGCUGCGUGUUCUUGUUCCUCUCCAGUCCCAGUGUGAGCCUGCUCUGUCGCUCUGCACAGGUGUGUACAACUGAUUUCACCUGAACAUACCUUUUCUUUUAUGUCUCAGCCCUGUCUUCUCUUGUAUUGAUCCUUCACUCGUGGAGGUUGUACUUGGUUAUGAAAGAACACAAUUUUAUUUCAAAAAAUAAAAGAAUCACUGGUAUUAAUAGUGUGGAAAUAAUGCUGCCUAUUUGCAAUUUGUUAGGCGUCACAACAAAGGAGUAAAACAGAAAAACAAUCUUGUAAUAGCCUAGUAUAUCUGUGCAUCCCGAUGGGACUAGAGUUUAUGGCCAUGAGCUUUUGGGGUUUAGGACAGAGAGCAGACCAACUUACAUAAAACAGUGAAAAUUUUCUGAUAAUUUUCUUCUCUAGAAAUUCUUUAUUGAAUAUAGCAGUGGGCUUGAGACAAAAUAUAGUAAUAUAGUAAAAUAUAGUAAUAAAUAUAAUAUAUAUAUAUAUAUCCCAGUGGGCUUGAGAUAGAAAUAGCUGGAAGGGGGGGGGACUGUGUCCCUCACUGCCAGGACAGCAGCUUCUGUUUUUUCAGCCUUUUUUAUUUCAGUGCUGUGUUGAGGUGGGCAGAUGAAGCCCAUUGGGUCAGAGGAAUGUUUUCUGCCAGAAAUAUCAUGAUCACAACAUUACAUCAAUUCAGAAAACAAGUUCUAAGAAGAACACGAGGAUUGCCACCGUCAGACCAGUGUCCUUUCAGUAUCCCGUCCCCUGACAUCGGGCUUCAGCCCUGUGAAGACCUGCUCGUUGUCCUGCAUAGCCACAGAGGAGCACAAAGAGAGGUUUCUUGCCAACCCUGCCAACAGUGGUUGGUGCACUCCCUGAAAUGUGAAGCUUCUAGAGCUUCAUUUCUUAGCAAAUAUAUCUAUUUCUACAUUAUUAGGUAGUCCUUUUUCAGGAUCUUGUUAAAUAUAACAGGACAAUGCAAAAUGAUUUUUAAUUAAAGAGCUAAUAAUUGCUUGAAAGCUUACUGAUUUUUCCCAGCUAUAUCCAUUAGUCUAAUAAUGUAAGACAUAAUCUCCCUGUAAAACUUGAUUUGCUUUUAUUUCAUCUUAUGAGGUUUUUUAGACUGACUUUAUUAUUUUUCCUCUUUUUUUUUUUUUUGUAUUAAUUCCUAUACGGUUUGUCCUCAUUAAAGAGAUUUGACUUCACUGGCUGUGAAAAAAAAAACCAACAAACUUCUUGUUUAUGAGUUCAUUGUAUCUAGCGUGAUACUGUUGCACUGGACUGAGAGCUCUUGUGGCUUUGCUCCUUUUAAGGCUGGUCUUUUCUGAGAGCCUCUAGAGUGAAAAUAACAGGUCUCCUCUGUUUCGGUGCUGGCUAGGACAGAGGAAGAAUGUGUGUGCCUUGAGGAAGCUGUGAAAAAAGAAUGGAUUUAUUCACAGAGCUGAAUGACCAAGGAGGGGAGAUAAGAAAAGUGAGACCUUGCCAAUUCUUUUGCACCUUCUCUUAGGAAUGAAAUAGGAAAUGGAAACAUUUUCCCCAUUAUAGUUGAGGGUGCUCAGAAGUGUGUAUUUACCAGACACAUAGCAAUCACAUAAUACUGGGAGAUCCUUCUCAAGUUC